AUGGAUGAAGCCAAUCUCUCUGUUGUGUCUGAGUUUGUGUUCGUGGGACUCUCCAACUCCUGGGAGAUCCAGCUCUUCCUCUUCCUCUUUUCCUCUGUGUUCUAUGUGGCAAGCCUGAUGGGAAACCUCCUCAUUGUGCUAACUGUGACCUCCGACCCUCAUUUACAGACCCCCAUGUACUUCCUGCUGGCCAACCUUUCCAUCAUGGAUUUGAUAUUUUGCUCUUCCACGCCUCCCAAGAUGAUUUAUGAUCUUUUAAGGAAGCACAAAACCAUCUCUUUUUGGGGCUGUAUAGUUCAGAUAUUCUUUACCCACACAAGUGGGGGCACUGAGAUAGUGCUGCUCAUCACCAUGGCCUUUGACAGAUACAUUGCCAUAUGUAAGCCUCUUCACUACCUGACCAUCAUGAGCCCACGAAGGUGCAUUAUAUUUUUAGUCACUUCCUGGGUUAUUGGUCUUAUUCAUUCAGUGACUCAAUUGGUUUUUGUUGUAGACUUGCCUUUCUGUGGCCCUAAUGAACUAGACAGCUUUGUUUGUGACCUUCCUCGAUUUGUGAAACUUGCUUGCACAGAAACAUACACACUGGAAUUCAUGGUUACUGCCAAUAGUGGCCUUAUUUCUGUGGCCUCCUUUUUAAUUCUGAUCAUCUCUUAUAUCUUUAUUUUGGCUACUGUUCAGAAAAAAUCUUCAGGUGGUAUAUCCAAAGCCCUCUCCACUCUGUCAGCUCAUGUCACUGUGGUUGUUUUGUUCUUUGGGCCAUUAAUCUUUUUCUAUGUGUGGCCAUUUCCCACAUCACAUUUGGAUAAAUUCCUUGCCAUCUUUAAUUCAGUUAUCACUCCUUUUCUAAAUCCAGUCAUCUACACUUUUAGGAAUAAAGAGAUGAAAGUGGCAAUGAGAAAACUAUGCACUCAGGUCAUCAAUUACAGUAAAAUCUCUUAGAUAUACAGAGGAUGUAUAAAAAAGAAAAAGUAUACCAGAAUUUCAGAUGGAUAUGUACUGAAUAAGGUAGUUAAAUUUAACCAGAAUGUCACUAUAUACUAAUAUUUGUUGUAUCCUAUUUUUUUUCCCUCUUCUAAUUGAAUUGUGAUAUCAAUCUCUGGACUCUGCUUAUAGAAGAGACUUAAAGACUAAAGGUCGUGGCUUUCUUAUCUCACCAGUGGUCUUACAUCAAUACAGUGCCAAAUAGAACUGGUAUAAAUGUUAAACGACCCCUUUUGAAUAUCAA